UGAGGUACAGCUCUUGCUGUGUGACUGCCUUGGCGAAUGCACAUGCAUAUGUAUGUGCAUCAUACGUGCGCAUGAUGGACGUGAAAGGUAUUGAGACAGAGACGUUUGAAAUCAAGCAAUCCUCGAUCCCAGGCGCAGGGCAAGGCCUCUUCGCCCGAGAGCAUUUCACCGCUGGUGCCGUGGUCUGCGAGUACACAGGGCGUCAACUGCGCACGGUGGAGGCUCUCAGGGCACCAGACAAGAGCUAUCUGAUGAGGUUGGGUCCUCAGGUGUACGUGGAUGCCCUCGACCACCCGGAGGUCAUGGCGAGAUACAUCAACGACUGCCGAAACUCUUCGCUGUACAAUGUGGCCUUCCGAAAGCUCCCGCAAGAGUGCAAGGCGCUCGUGGUCGCGCUGAAGGACAUACAACCCGGCCAAGAGAUAUUCGUAGACUACGGCAGGUGGUACUGGCUAUCGCUCAAGCCUACAGAGCUUGGCGACGACGGCAACGCCACUGCCACGCUGGAGCCGAGCUCCCCGAACGUCUCAAGAUAGCUUUCAACUAUUGGUUGAACUAUUCUAGCGUUAAUUUUGAGCGCAAAAGGCAAGGUCUACCGCUCAGCUGCUGUCGCUCGACUCUGUACACACGAGUUUAGCCUUGCCUUGCUCUGAGAGUAUUCGGCGAGAGGUUACUGUAGUUAAGGUUUUCCCGGCAAAAGGCUUCGUCAGGAAACACCACUUUGCCCGCUGUUUCUUGGAGUCGGAAGUCUGAGGACCGGUUUCAUCGUUGCCUCCAACCCGAUGGAUGCCCCACGUUCGCUCGUGGUUGGUUUUGUUACUGCUUGUUGAAGUGGAGUUGGGGUGCGUGAGUUGAAAUUGCUGUGGAUGCCUCUCAAUGUCGAAAAUGUUGCGGUUCGAACAUUUUGUUAGCAUCGAGGUUUUAAUGAAGACGUCUCGUCAUAUUUGUAUGCCUUAAGAUACUUGUGUGUGUUGUUACAAGCGCCGCUAGGCGCCAGUUUUGUCAACCCCUCGAUUCGUUUGGAUGCACCAUCACCCCGUUGUAGUCACAAACCGGAGGAAAGGACACACACGCACUGUCUGUGAUCCGGAGAAUAGGUUAGUCUCUCCCAUACCGCCCCCUCACGGGGUCCCAGUUGGUGGCAUUCAGAGGUGUUUUGUGCUUCGACCGGACUGAGACUGACGCCUUUUCGUUGGUCAGCCGGCUAGCGCGGUCGAUGCUAAUAAAUAAAACACACACACAUGUUAAGGGUACCCAGACAAGGGAUUUUGACGCUGGCUCUUUUCUCAUACUUUAUAACAGUGCAAAGAAAGAAAACAACCUUCCCGCCGGAGGAACCUGGUCCGUUGUGCUAGUAUCAGUAGAGGAUAUCAUCAAGAGGCGUCGUGCGUGCUGGCACGUUAAGGUAUACUACUGGGGCUGAAAUAUCGAAGGUCGCAGCAGCCUCUGAAAACGGUCCGAAAUCUGCGCCGGAACCAAGCGGAACCCAACACUUGUCACAGCGGUGCUCACCACCACGGACCGCAAACCCCUCAACUGCGGGUUGUCAGCAGUAGCUGGUGGCAUCAGCUACUGCUGUAAACCUGCAGUUCAGAAGAUUGGGUUCAGUGGCGGCGAGCACAAGCAGUACAAGACACUGGGUGUCGAUCUAACUUGCGGAGAUUUGCGGAGAUGGUGGGCCACUACAACGACACUCGAUACCACCACCACAGAAGAAGUUUUGAGCGCGCCAACACACCCCCCCGCUGCUAUAGGGUGUCCUCUAGUGAUAUUGGUACAAUGGACCAGGUUCCUAGCAAC